CCCACUUUGUUGUAGUCCUCCUUCCAUCCCAAGUGUGGAAUUAACCUUUGUUGUCCUACAUGACCCGUCUAUUCAUCAACUUCACCCCGUCAACCACGCAAAGAAUAUAUGGAUACAAGAAAUUCACAGUCACCGUCACCGUGGUAUCCACUCCCAUCCCAUGCCAUCACUACCACCACUCGCUUGAAUCUUCAAUUCCUUAUUUAUGUCCAAGGAAAAUUAUUUUGAUUUGAAUUGGUAAGAAACCAACUGCUGAUUAAAGCACUUUCAAAUAUUAAACUCUCUAUACACUCUCUGUUCUAUUUUAGACGCAACAAUUUGAUACAACCUUACCAGCAAAUUAGAAAUGGUUGUCAUUCUUCUUCUCUUGUUUCUAUUAGCUCCUUGUGGAACUUCAUUAAACUUCAAUUUCUCCACCUUCCCAACUGGCAUCAACACCCUAUCUCUCGAGGGAGAUGCUUUCGUCGACGGGGAAUUCCUCCGACUCACCAAAAGCGCUGCUGACGAGAAUAAAAAAGGAAGCGUCGGCCGAGCCACCUACAGCCAACCCUUCCUCCUCCGCGACAACGCCACGGGAAAACUCGAGGACUUCACCACAACUUUCACAUUCGCCAUCGACUGCCAAAACAAAACAAUGUAUGCAGACGGGCUCGCCUUCUUUUUGGCGCCAAACGGGUCUGCACUCAACAGAACAAUAGGCACAGGCGCUGCUCUUGGCCUCCCCGUCACAAACCUGGACAAAAACAAGUCCACGAAUCUGUACCCGUUUGUGGCAGUGGAGUUUGACAUCUUCAAGAAUCUAAUGGAUUCUGUCAAAGAUCCCGAGGGCGAUCAUGUUGGUAUUGAUGUCAACUCUAUCAAGUCUAAAGUUUUCAGGGCGUGGAAUGGUAAUAUUACAAAGGGAGGAAACAAUAGUGCUUGGAUUCGUUACGAUUCUGGAUCGAAAAAUCUUAGCGUUACCUUCACUACUUAUAAAAAUGAUGUUUGGGUUGAGAGGUAUCUUGAUUACAAGGUUGAUCUGAAUGAGAUUUUGCAGGGUUGGGUGAUUGUUGGGUUCUCUGCUGCAACAGGUGUUGAGAUUGCUCUGCACAAGAUCAACUCAUGGAGUUUCAAUUCGACAUUGCUGAUUGAUGAGAAUGCAAAGAACAACACACCAGUAGCUCCUGCGCCGACCCCCAUUGUUGAACCAGGGUCAGGAAAUGGCAUCAACAUUGGACUUGUGGUUGGGCUGGUUGUUGGUGGGUGUGUUCUUUUGGUUGGUGGGUUUUAUUUGGUUUGGUUCAUUUUUUGGAAGAUGGGGGGAACAGGGGAAAGUAGCGACAAUGAUGAAGAUCCUAUGAUCAACGAUCCAAUUGAUGACGAAUUCAAAAAGGGGACAGGCCCAAAGAAGUUUUCGUACAAGAUAUUGGCUCAAUCGACAAACGAUUUUGACGAGGGAGAGAAGCUUGGAGAGGGAGGAUUUGGUGGGGUUUACAGAGGCUUCGUAAAAGAUUUGAACUCAUAUGUUGCUGUUAAGAGGGUAUCAAGUGGGUCUAGACAGGGGCUGAAGGAGUACGCAGCAGAAGUAAGGAUCAUCAGUCGACUUAGGCAUCGAAAUUUGGUGCAACUCAUUGGUUGGUGCCACGAAAAGAGAGAACUCCUACUUGUUUACGAGUUCAUGUCCAAUGGAAGCUUAGAUUCCCAUUUGUUCAAAGGAAAAAGCUUGUUAGGUUGGGAGGCAAGGUACAGAAUUGCUCAAGGCUUGGCGUCCGGAUUGUUCUAUCUACAUCAAGAAUGGGAACAAUGUGUGUUGCACAGAGAUAUCAAAUCCAGCAACAUUAUGUUGGAUUCGAAUUUCAACGCUAAACUGGGAGAUUUCGGGUUGGCUCGACUUGUUGACCACGGGAGACAAUCACAAACCACUGUUCUGGCUGGAACCAUGGGCUACAUGGCUCCUGAAUGUGUCACAGAGUGCUUGUUGAUUGUUGGGUUGUGGAGUGCUCAUCCAGAUUACAAGAUCAGGCCUUCGACACAACAAAUAAUUCGAGUGCUUAGCUUAGAAGUUGCGCCGCCUAUUCUUCCAUCAAAGAUGCCAGUAGCCAACUACUUUUCUCAUCCAGUAUCAUUUUCAAUCUCUUCUGGUGAUGUUAUAACUUCAGAAAGAGGUCAAACAGAGUAAGUAAUGGUUACUACACCAAUUCAUCACAGUUCAUCUCAUCUUCCGCUUCUAAUUCUUCUCCAUCAGCUUCACUUUCGUAUACAAAUUAAAUCUAUACUUAAUAAUUGUGUUGU